AUGGCCAUGGGCCUCGAGUCUUUGGACCCUGCCUCUGCCAAGUCGGCCCUGGUUAUUUUUCCAGCACAGUCUGGCCCCAAGUGGCUCAAGGACUUUGAAGUCCUGGGGUCAGCCAGUCCUGAGCAUCCAACCACGUUGGGCAUCACUGUCCUCGCUGCACUCUUGGCCUGUGCCUCCAGCUGCGGGGUGCCCAGCUUCCCGCCCAGCCUAUCCGCCCAUGUGGUAGGAGGAGAGACUGCACAGCCCCACAGCUGGCCCUGGCAGGUAAGCCUGUGUGGGGCUGGGACUCCUCUGCCCAGCAACAACCGGAUCUACCGUGUGGCCCUGGGAAAGCACAACCUGGAGGUGGAAGAUGAGGAAGGAUCUUUGUUUGUGGGUGUGGACACCAUCUAUGUCCACGAGAACUGGAACUACGACCUGGCAGUCAACGACAUUGCCCUCAUCAAGCUUGCAGAGCACGUGGAGCUGAGUGACACCAUCCAGGUGGCCUGCCUGCCAGAGAAGGACUCCCUGCUCCCCAACGACUACCCCUGCUAUGUCACUGGCUGGGGCCGCCUCUGGACCAACGGCCCCAUUGCUGAUGAGCUGCAGCAGGGCCUGCAGCGUGUGGUGGAUCACGCCACGUGCUCCAGGAUUGACUGGUGGGGCUUCAUGGUGACGGAAAUCAUGGUGUGUGCUGGGGGCGAUGGCAUCAUCUCAGCCUGCAGUGGGGACUCCGGUGGUCCACUGAACUGCCAGCUGGAGAACGGCUCCUGGGAAGUGUUUGGUAUCGUCAGCUUUGGCUCCUCGCUGGGCUGCAACACCCGCAAGAAGCCGGUAGUCUACACCCGGGUGUCCGCCUACAUCGACUGGAUCAACGAGAAAAUGCAGCUGUGACCUGUUGCUGGGAGCGGCGACAGGGAGUCCCUGCAAGAGCAAUAAACUUCCUUCUCCCGGGGC